GGUGGGAUUCAGCAUCAUUUGGUCACAUGGUCAGUAGAUGGCGCUCUAACACCAAACCAGGAGACGUGAUGAGUCACUGCACAAAAUAGUAACUUGUUUUUAUGGAGGGAUGAAAACAGGAGAUUAAAGAAAGAAAUGCGUAAGAUCUGCAUGGUUGGAUGGUUGGGUGUUGGAUGGUUGGCUGCCAGCUGGGUGGAGGUUAAAGGGUGAACGGGGGGAGGUUGCCUGCAUAGCAAAAACAAAGUGAUGACAGAGGAAGAAAGGAGAGGAAAAGGCUGAAUGGAUUCAGCUGAGCUCUCAGCCAAUCAGAGAGCCCGCCUCUGCUCCUUCAGCAUCCUUGCUCUGUGAUUGGCUGCUGGGAGCGGCGCUGCAGACACAGCAGGCUGAAGAAGAGGAGGACAGAUGUUCUUCAUCCCUCUCUCUGGGUUUAUUUAACGCCAUGGACCUGCAGCCCACCCGCCGCCGCUGCUGCUCGCCCCGCGGCAUCAUGGGAGCUGGAGUCCCGCGGGGCCACAGCUGAUCAGCUGAGGAUUGUGGGUCAGCAGAGUUGGAGAUGUGAGGCGGUGGGCGGACGGCGCUGAAAACUCAUCCGUCCUUUUCUCUCUGCAGCUUCCUGUCCGCCGCGGAGCAACGAUGGGCUGCAGGCUGAGCCGCAAGGGUAAAACUCACGAACCGCCCCGCCACCGGCGCCGGGAGGAGCUGCACUUUGUGGACGAGUAUGGCCAGCCAAUCACAGUGCAGGUGGACAGCAAAAGUGGGCGUGGCCACAGGAGGCGGCGGUCCCACUGCGCCAUCGAGUGCAGCAUCCCAUCAGAGAGGCACUGGGGGGCCCUGAGGGCCAUGGGCCUGGUGGAGGGGGACGAGGGCCAGGCAGACGUCUACGGCGCCGGGAGCUACUACGGUCACAUGACUGUGUCACCUGACCCAUACCCGGCCAACAGCCACAUGAUGAUGUCACCUGAUGUCUAUCCACCCAAUGGCUACCUUCCCACAGCAUCAAAUGAUCAACACCCCGGUAACAACUACCUGCCCAGCGUCUCCUACAGCUUGGACCACCUGGACAGACUGGACUACCAGGGUCCGGAGAUGUUGCCCUACCAGAGGAACUCAGAGAGCUGUCUGAUUGGCUGCUAUAGCUCAGAAGAAGGGAAGCCGAAGAGUUUCCCCAGACAGGUACAUGAGUCUGACUACCAUCCUCCUUGGAGGCCUGACCGCCCUCUCAGCUACCUGCCCCUCAGCGAGCUUGACAGCGGGUUGGGAUGUGGACCCGACAGCCCGCACCACAGGGUGGUGCUCUCAGAAGCUGAGACAGAUGCCAUGUCAUCACUACCAGGCCACACCCCUUCCUCUCAAGGCUCCUCCUCAUCCUCGGAGUCUCUGAUCUCAUCUGAACCCAGCGACUCCGGCUUUCACAGCGUCAGCACAGGCGAGCACAGACGGCUACACAAGAUUCCUAGCAGCCACACUCACCGGCAGGCUCACCACUUCCGCUCAGGCCACUCUCCUCGAGAGCAGAGAGGACGCUGGGAUUUGGAGUCCAUCCCUGAGACGACGCCAAUGACCCACUCUGGACCAGCACAGGCGUCCCGGUGCUCAGUGGGAAACAGCACGACCACAAUGGUUCACUUCCACAGAGCGGAGAGAAGUCCCACGUUACCUCGCCACCAUUCACCCCCAUCGCCCUCCAUCGGUAGUCGCACCGAGCCCUGCCAGCGGAGGGCGCUGUGGUUGGAGCAGCAACAGCAGGGUGGAGGCAGAAAGAUGGAGGCUCCAGGGCGGAGUCGAACAAUAACAGAUUUGAGUGAAGGACAGCGACGCCGCAGGGCGAGUCAUCCCAACAUGACGGACCCAAACUCCCUUAGAAACACUCAUCAGAACAGCCAUCCGAGUCCGAGUAGUAGCGUGAUGGGACCGAGGAGCAGGGCCAGUUAUCCCAGUAACUGUCACCCCACUGGUCAGGUCAGCCUAGACAGAAUCAGUCUGCUCAACCAUCAAAGCUCAAACCGGAGCAGAGAGGAGGACUCCCUCUCCAAGAGUCCUGGAUCUGCCUCUAGUGGAGUCAGUGGAGUCUCAGACUGGAGAGCAUUUCAGACUCUUGGGAGUCACAUGGAAAAGCCCAAAAGUUCCUGCGGUCCCUUUUACAGCACACUGGGGGCUCCAGAGCGAAGCCCACGAUCUCCAACAUCUCCCCGCUCCAGGCUAUCCAAUCAGAAGUCAGUUAGAAAUCAGCUGCUCAGAGCCCGAGCUUACCGAUUGGCCAGGGAGCGCAGUGAGGUCACAACAGACGAAGAAAUGCGGGGAGAUGGGUCAAGAGGAGGCGAGGAUGAAUGGGAGGAUGGUCGGUGGGCAGGGAGAUACUGGAGUCGAACGGAGAGGAGACGACACAUGGCGUUGUCACGGCAACACCGAGAGAGGAGGGGAGGGGCGGAGGAGCAUUUGGGUGGAUGCCAGGGGGCAGCGGCGUCUCAGACGGUGCUGGAGCUGAGCCACCUGAAGCAGAACCGGCUGAGGAACAGCAAGCUGCUUGAUGAUUGGACAACAGUGGAGGAGCUGCUGACGCAUGGGACGCGAGUGGAGAGUGACAGUCAGCUGUGUCCCAGUCCGCUGCUGUCAGUCACCACCGUCUGAUCCUCUGUUAGCUCAGAGUGAAACCUCACUAAGGUCCAGAUUCAUGAAGGGUCCAGCUAAUGUGCUCCAGAACAUUGAUCCAGGCUGAUCCAGUCUAAACUGUCCAGCUUGGUAGGUCUGAACUUAUAAAAGGCUAAUCUAGAAGUUAAUUAGCCAAAAAUCCUGAUUUAUAACCAAAUCUGUCAGAGAAUGCCAUUCCAAAGAACCACUUUCUAGUCGUCAACACAAAGUUUCACCUGGUUUAUGUCCGUCCCCCAAAAACCUUGCUCAACUCAGAAUAUCUUUCUGAGCAGCUAGCUGGCAGGUGUUAAGCCCAAAUGUUUACCGGUGUUCACUGACAGCUGGUCAGACUUUAUGCAUCUGGCCUCUGGAGGUCUAUAUGAAGAUGAACCUGAGCAAUAACUUCCACAUUUCAGGAAAAACUGCCUUCCGGCUGCAACUUUUUUGAGUCUGGAUCUCAGUGAUGUCAGAACUGAAGGGCACACUGUUGCGACCGUGGAUCAGAAUCUGGAGGUCUGAUCUUAAGUUCAGAAAUACUAAAAUACUCAAAGCUACAACUGGAAUCAGUGGAAAAGAUGGAAAAAAAUGUGUCACCAGCUCUGCAGAACAACUCGACUUGAGUUUAAACAAACAGCAACGUCUGAGAGCGGCCAGAGAAACCAGCUGGUUUGCAUGAGUCAAAGGCCUCUGAAGAGAUUCACAACUCUGCUGAGAAUCUUUGCACAGCAGACCGCCUGUGACUCUCAUCAAAUAUCACAUGAGUGGUAUUUCCUGGUGAAAAGUGACUCCAUCUCAUCUUUGGGUAAACUGGCUCAACUCAUGUGCCAUAAAUAUCAGAGUUGACUCUCUAUCAUCUCCCACAUUACAGGACUGCUGGGAGUCUGAAUGCACCUUGGAGGACUUCUGCACCUUUCUCAUCAAACAGCCUCCACAUCCUCUGAGAGGCUGAUUCACCACAGAGUUUUAAAUCAUCACUGUUACUGGUUUAUUUCUGACUUUUCUGUUUUCAGGUUCUUCUCUCUCAAACAGAGCAGAUGUGCAAAUAUAUGAGGCGUUACCAGGAGAUUUCCUAUGUCUUCACAGUAUUUUCCACAACAAGGCUCUCCAGUGUUACAGGCUUGUCAUUGGUCUGUUAAUCCCCAGGUCAGUAGAACUUAUGUUGAUCAUCUAAUGAUGGUUUUCAUAAUCUCUGAAGUGAAAGCAUCAAACAGACAUUGGAUCUAUCAGAAGCUAAGAUUUGCCGUUCGUUAACUGCAUUUGUCAACCUUUGAACAACUAGUCAUCAAACACAGUCCAGAGUUCAAAUGUGUUUUGUUUUCAUUCCCUGUAGAAAUUAAUUACAAUUUUCUGUUUGCUCCAUGAAAUGCCAGAAAUUCAAAAGAUAAUCAUCAGCAAACAUGAUAAUGUCUACAGUUCUUGACUUGAAAAGUUCAGUGCACAGAUGGAGCGAUGGAAGGGACAUGACACUGCUUCUGUUGAAAUCUCAAUGCAUCAUUUGAGUAGCAGCAGAUCAGAUGGAUGACAGAGUUGGAAGGUUGGACACAUUGAUGGUCCCGUGCCAGUAGUUACCCCCUGUAGACGGGACAGAACACAUGCCCUGUGUAGAUGCACAAAGUCCUGGUGAAACUCUGUCCAAUGGUGAGGUCAUGGAAUGGGUGGGACAUGAGGACACUGAGGUAGUGCCGUGAUGUUAGCCCUCCCCACUGAGUCACUACGGCCAGUGAUCACCUAAAGUCAGCGAAGUACCUUAAGGCUCCCACAUAUUUCACCCGAAGUGCUGAAAUCAACUCUCAGUGAUGUAGUAACUUGAUGAAAAUGGCAUCAACUUGUUUGCUGGAGAGCAGCCAUCUCCCUUUGUUGGCACCAGGCCCACUGCUGCAAAAUGGCUCUGUGAAAUGUGUUGUGAUUGGUCAGAAGUUUGUUUUUAAAUUUUAUGUAGAAAUGUGCUCAGAUAGCAAUGUUGACAUUUCUCUUCAACUUGUCCGCUUCCUCUAUCUGGGUUUUCGCAGGCAAUAAGAUUACUUUUGAUGAACGUUUAUCAGACGUGGUGAGGAAUUACGUACAUUUGUACAAUUCUUCGCUAAAUAGCUACAAAGAGUCAAAUGGCUAUAAACGUCUGGUAGAAAGGCUGUCUGAAAAAAGGUUUGGCACUUACUCCAGGACCACUGCGUUAAAGCAAAAUGGAGGAUGCAGAGAAGGAGUGGUGAGCCUGGCAAGAAGAAAGUCAUGCCCAAAUGCUACUGGGUUGUGACGUUUACUGAAGGGAGAGAGGUCUCCCCAGGUAGUCUGUGACGUGAUUGAAAGAGAAUACAAAUGUCCCACAACCAUGCGAUCACUUGUCAACUGUUUGGCUUUGGAUGAAAUAUGGGACAGCAGUGGCAAACCGAGGCACCGGGAGAAACACCAGUGUGUUUGUCAGACUCAGUCAACGGUCCUCUAAACUACCAUGGUCUCCCAUCUGAUGGUUACCUGUGGUAAAACAGACCUGAGAUUCACCACAGAACAUAAAAAACACCAUUUAACAGCUCAAGCUGUGGCUGCCAUUAUCAAGCCUGCACAGGGUGUUGAAUCAGCAACCCAGCUGAUACCUGUCAUGGUGCUAGAUGUCAUUAGAUUCCUGGAAAGAGUCCAGUCCCUGUCUCCAGAUGCCACAGGGUUCUGUGAUGCUUGACACAACGGUCCUCCCUUGGUGUGUCAUGUCUUUGGAGAGUGGGACCUUCUUGAUGUGUUCCAGAUGGACACUAAUUUUGGGCCACUGCGACUUUUGUACAUUCAACACUCUGGGUGGGUACUGGAGCCCAUAAACAUCACCUCUGAGUCUGCUGACCUUCUCUCACUGCUCCUGAUGACUGUUGGAUGCUGAGGUUACUCCCUAAUAACACUGUUCUACUGUUUGUGAUGUCGACUCCACUGCCCCCUGGUGGCGGUGAUAGAUACAGUAACUCCUUGAAAACCAAACCAUAGUUAUAUCCAUUGUUGGCUAUGAAACCAGUUUGGAUUAACCAUUUUUGGUGCUCCACCCGUUUGGCCAGUGAGCACAUUUUAUUCAUCUUAGUGACUCAUUUAAAGACAAUGUUUACUGUUGAGAACACUCUUGUUUACAAGAAGAGUAGAAACCUUAAAAAAAGCUCCACUAAAUGCACUUGUUUAAAGGAUCCUCAGCUUCUUGGAAGCAAAUGCAAAGAAGUGAAGACUGCAUGAAUACUUCACACUUUGUUGGAGCUCUAUUUGUGUUCGUUCCACUUCCCAACGUUCAUGAAAUCACUUCGCUGAAGUGGUGACAGCACACAAUCAGAAGUCUGUUCACAUCACCACUUAGUUUUAAAUUAGAUGUCAGCAGCAGAUUCAAGCAAACUGUGGCACUUUUCAUCCUUUAACUGACAAAUUGAGCCUCUUAUCCACCCUGUCAGAGUAUCAGUGAUGACAUUCAGGUAGUUUUAGAUCUGAGAGUGGAUCAGUCAGGGGUGGAGGAGAACCGGAGCAUCUCAUUACUGUGAAUGGAAAAUACUGAUGUUUGUUUCAUCUGCUCUGAAGGGCUGCUGGAAGCCCACACGACUACAGAAGAUGUUUGCAGAGAGAUCUCUGUCAGGGUUCAAUGUUAUGAUGUAACUGUUCAAUGCAAUUUGUUAAAUAUGAGCAAAUGUCUAUUUAUUUUCAUAUUUUAAAGACUGGGUUUAUGAAAUCUGAGAUUCAUUGUCUAAAAGUUGUAAACAAUAAUAGAUGUCAGGGUUUGUUUUUCUAAUCUGUGUGUGUUGGUGUGUAUGCUAUUGCAAGAAGGAGAGUACAAAGUUUGAUACUGUCUGUAGUGUUUAGCCAAAGAUAUUGUGUAAAUCUGAUAUCUGGACAAUCUAGAAGAACUGUCGCUGUAUGAUGUAAGAGUAUAUUUUAUAAUCAUAUUAGUUUUAUAUAUUUUAUGCUUUAUUUUGCCUUCUGCUGGUCUGUACAUAGAUGCUAGCAUAAACCACAUUAGCACUGCUCCUAAUUAGGAAACAUGUCAACGACCCACUGAAGUGUCACAAGUCCUUUGGGAUUUUCUCAGACCUUAAAUCAUGUUACGUUUAACCAUGUCAUGAAGCACAGAUAGUUGCAUCCAUCCAUGUCAGGGACCAGCAAACAGUAGAGAGGAAAAGGAAACUGUCUACAGUGGGACAGACUACCGGCCUCAAAAUGAGGGGUCACAGUGGGGCCCAACUGGACCAGUGGGGACUUUGCCUGAGAAACCCAGGGAGGGACCCAAAACAACUGAUUCUUUCACUAACCAGAUCUAUCAUUCGUCCAAACAGACGAGAUCAUUUCCAAGCUGCCUAUAGGGUUCAGAAAUCACCGAUCAGGCUGGCCUAAUCACACAGGUGAGCGCACUAGAGCUGUGUUCGUUCAGAAAUCAAGCUGGGAUUGGCUGACCAAAGGAUCAGUAGAGAGCAUUACGCUUACGUUUGUCAGGCAUCUCUAGUUUUAAAGGAGAAACACACUGGUUGUGUGUGUCACCUUAUCAGUUUGGGUCUAGAUGAAGCUUCGUUGUCUCUGAAGGAACGACCUUCGCCUGACGUCCACUGACCAGUUUGAUCUCAGCACUUCACUGUAACCUGCCCUUUGUCUGUGAACUGGAAAGAAACGAUGUGUGACGCAGCAUCCUGUGGCGGUCCUGGUGAGAGUUUGCCUUAAAUUUGUCGGACAUCUUUGUUUUGAUCUCACAGGUCGUUCCUAAAUCACAUCUACCAGAUCCCAGCUAGCCCUAAAAGAAGUCAACUCUACAUGUUGACUACAACCUUCAAACUCACACACGCUUCUACGCAGCUCUAGUGCCCCAAAAAUAUAAUUAGACCCUUUUUAAGACUAAAUGGCUAACUUAUGACAUGGACAACAAAAGAAAGAAAAUGGCUGAGGGCCCCCUCUUAUUUACAGACAUUUCUCACACUGUCCCAAAGUUGGAAAAAUCAGUUGAAAUCUCAUCCAAACUUAGAAUUUGUUUCAAUUCCAAAAUCCAAUAUGGUUGCCUGGCAUGUAAACAGCUUGACAGCUGCAAAAAUAGCUAUUUACUUGGACUUUGAUCAGUAGUAGUGAUAACAUUUUAACAUUUUAACCUGAUGCACCUGCGGUCCCUCCUCUACUGGUAGACAGUGUGUGUACGAAAACAAUGGACAGACAUGCAUUAUAAUCUUACAUUGUUAACAGCAUGAUAGUUAGCAUGCUAGUUAGCAUGUUCGUUAGCAUGGUCACCAAGCACAGUAAUGAGGAAGUCUUGCAAGUUUUUUUAAUUUGCAACUAAAACAUAUUUAGGUUGGGCUUGAUGUAAUUCAUAGAGCCUGAGGUCCAAAAACUCCUGCUACACCAAAGAGAUUCUGAAAAAGGGAAAUGUUUGUAUUUUGUUAUAUAAAUGUGAUUGUCUGUUUAAUUUCAGAUAGUGCCAACUUCACCAAUGUGUUUUAAGUAGCUAUGGUUUAUAUAUUGUGCUUAACUUAGCUUAACUCCGCUUAGUUUAGUUUUGCUUUGCUUUCCUUAGCUUAGCAUGAAAGCUUGCUGGAGUACAACCAGCCCAAAUCUGAAACACCUUCGUCUUUUACAUUUAUCUUCAAGUUUUCUUUAUAAGUAAAUUUAUAAAUUCAAAAGUUUUUAGACCAUUAAAAAAGUUAAUUGUUCUUCUGGUCCUGGCUGUUGGUUUAGUUCUGGUUCUGGUCCACUCUGAUAAACUUCACCUACCUGCACCGAAGCUUCCCGCGCUCAUUCCGCCUGCACGUCAUCAGGAAGGCCGUUUGUUAUUGAUGAAAAAUGGCGGCUGCCGUGACUCAUCCGGCUUUCUGUUCUUGGGUUUGUGAUUUCCGUGUACCUCACUGUGAAGCUGAACCGUGACGUUCGUGACCUCAGUUUUGGAAAGCUGGUUGGAGAAGUUUGAAGGAAAUGGCAUCACAGAAGACUGUGAAGUCAAACUGCUUACUGUGAGUCUGGAUUCUGUCGAAAUUCAGCAUCUCAAUAAAGUUUUAUAAUGAA